AUGUCUACGCAUGCUGCUUUCUUAAUAGUGGCCGUCUUCAAAUUCACCAAUAAAUAUUUGCAGGUGAUCAACGAAAGAAUAGCAGAACGUGGUGUCGACAAGGCGCAGGAUGAUGGGAGAAAGAAAGCAUUCCUUGAUUUGUUGCUUGAGGUGCAGGCUGAAGGAAACCUCUCCUACGAGGAUAUCCGUGAAGAGGUCGAUACUUUCAUGUUUGAAGGCCAUGACACUACUGCCUCUAGUAUGGGUUGGACAUUGUGGUGUGUAUCUUGUAAUCCAGAUAUUCAGAAGAAGAUUCACGAUGAAAUGGAUGAUAUCUUCGGCUCGUCAGAUCGCAGUUGUACAAACGAAGACCUAAAGUCAAUGAGAUAUCUUGAACAAUGCAUCAAAGAAUCUCUGAGACUUCGCCCGCCAGUACCAAACUUUACACGAAAGCUUGAGCAAGACAUAGAUCUCGAAGGAGUAGUAAUACCAAAGGGUUGCUCGAUAAUGAUCACACCUGCUAUGAUUCAUGCUAAUCCACAGGUUUACAAAGAACCGCAAGUGUUCGAUCCCGAGAGAUUCAGCGACGAGAAUAUUCAGAAGAGACAUCCCUAUGCAUAUAUCCCAUUCAGUGCUGGUCCAAGAAAUUGCAUC